GGGCUGCGAGCUGCCCGUUCCCCCCCGGGACCUGCCCUGUCCCUGGGCCGGGGCCAGGCCCUGGGUGUCGCAACACCCGAUAGCAGCGGCUAUAAAGGGGCCGCAGGGGCGGCAGCCCCAGCGCCAGGACGGGGCAGGGGACGGCAGCGUCGGCAAGCGGGCUGUCCUGGAGCUGCCGCCAUGCCCCAGGUUCUGCUCUUCCUCCUGCUCCUUGGCCUGGGGGGCAGCGCCCUCUCUGCCGUCCCCCCCGUGCCGGGUGCCGAUGACCAGGCCGCGGUGCGGGUGCUGCUGGGGCAGCUGGCGGAGCGCAUCCCGCCGCAGGCCCUGCCGGGGCGCGGGGUCUCGUGCCAGGACCUGCGCCCCGAGGCCCUGCCUGGCUUCGCCCAGCUCCCGCCGCCGCCCCGGGCCCUGGCCCGCGCCGCCCUGGCCCUGGCGCUGAGCGGGGCUGCCUGCGCGGCCCAGGCCGAGGCGGAGGUGCUGGCACUGUCACGGGAGCUGGGUCCCCCCACGGCAGCGGCGCUGCUCCGGGGUCUGGCGGGGCUGCGGGGCGCCCCGGCCCCCGAGGCUCUGUCCUUCCUCCUCCUCAACCUGGUGCAGCCGGGGGGCUCUGCCCCAGCCCAGCCCUGCUUGGCGCCCGCCCGGCUCCGGGGCCCUGCGGCCGGCACCCACCCCACCCCACCUGGGGUGCCGGUCUCAGGGCCCGUGGCCGAGGAGGUCCAGGCGCUCCCGGGGGCCAGGGCUCGUGCCUGGCUGCCUGCGUGCCGCCGCGUCGCCCGGCACCAGUCCCGGCGCCGGCGGGAGGAUGAGGAUGCCUGCAACCCGCCGGGGGAGCGGGAGGCCCACGGGGUGCUGGAGUGGGUGCCGGGCGUCAGCACCUUCUACAACCUGGGCACCAGCCUCUACUACGCCUUCCAGGGCUGCGAGGCCGUGGCCUCCACGCGGGCCCUGGAGGUCGCCGAGGACCUGGGCUACGCCGGCCUGGCCGCCCUCACCGCCGGCGCCGGUGGCCCGGUGGCCCUGGGGCUGCAGCUGGGGCUGCAGCCGGGGGUGAAGGCAGGGGUGCGGGCACUCAUCAGCUACUUCACCUCGGCCGGGGACCCCCAGCCGGCCCCCACCGCCCACAGCGGCCCCGUCCUCAUCGUCUGAAUAAAGGCCCCACGCGGCA